AUGUCCUCAGCACGUCAGCCCGCCUGGCUCGAACUUCUUCCAAGCGAAAUACUCGGUGUGGUUGUUAAGUGUCUCUUUACCAACGACAUGAAACAUCUUUCGUGUGUCAGUAAACGAUUGAGGGACGUUUCAAUACCUUACUUAUUCCGUGGAGUUCGAUUUUCGUUCUCUGAUUCCGGUCUCCUUGGACUACGAAGGCUCAUGCUAUCCGGCGUGCGCCAAUACGUAGUCUCUUUCACGUAUGUGAUCCCGGAACUGCUCCGACCUGAAACGACGGACUUUGAAUAUUUUAGGCGCAGUAUCCUCCCACCUGAAAACUAUGCCGCGUGUGGGAGUUUUCGACCUGGGCUAACAGUCCCAUACAUGCUUGUCUAUGAUACCUUCAAAGCUAUAUCUAUAGAACAACAAGGUCUCGUGGGGAAAAAUGAGGAUGUGACUGUGCUGUCGGCUGUUUUCAGACGGCUUCCCCGACUGUCAGAGCUCAACUUGUGUUUUUGCCAGACUCUUACCAAAGAGCACUGGAUGGCACUUUUCAUGGAUCAAACUGUGGAAAUCAGCACAUACGGGCAUCAUUUACCUGUUCUAUCAAGCUCCCUGAAGGUUGGAAGGGAUUUCGAAUCUACGCGCUUACCUGUUUGA